GGCAAGUCCCGACAUAUAAUAAUGGCUACUCACUCUUCUUCUUUGUAUGUAUGUAUGAGUAGCAGAAAACCCAAUGCCACUAUGCUAACACUUCUCUCAGCCAGAGCUGGUGGUGCUCCGCCACCAACACUUUUCUCUGGAAUUGGACCCAGAAGAAAAUGUUGGAGUUUUAAGCCUUUUAGAAUAUGGGCUGGUGAAUUUCCGGAUUUUCUUCCUAAACAAGUGGAGAAUAUUAAAGAUCCUUUUGCUAGAAAAUUGGCUUCAAGAAUUGAAAGAUUACCACUUCAUUGCUGGUUCAUUAAGGUAAACUUGUCGAAGGGUUGUGUCAUGAGUAGUUGUGUAAAGCCAAAAGAACAGACAGAGACCAAUCCAAUUGUGCUUCUCCAUGGUUUUGAUAGCACAUGUUUAGAGUGGAGGUACUCACUUCCAUUGCUUGAGGAGGCUGGGUUAGAGACAUGGGCAGUUGAUAUCCUUGGAUGGGGUUUCUCUGAUUUAGAAAGGCUUCCAUCGUGUGAUGUAGCUUCCAAGCGUGAUCAUCUAUACCAGUUGUGGUCUACCUACAUCAAGAGGCCAAUGGUACUUGUUGGACCGAGUCUCGGAUCUGCUGUUGCUAUUGACUUCUCUGUCAACUAUCCAGAAGCAGUGGAUAGGCUGGUUUUGAUCGACGCAUGUGUUUACGCGGAAGGUACAGGAAGCCUCGCAAGCUUACCCAAAGCAUUAGCUUACGCUGGGGUCUACUUGUUGAAAAGCAUACCACUUCGUUUAUACGCAACAUCAUUGACUUUCAAUGGCUUACCAUUAAGUACCUGCAUAGACUGGACUAAUAUAGGUCGUCUACAUUGUUUAUUACCUUGGUGGGAGGAUACAACAGUGAAUUUCAUGAUCAGCGGAGGUUACAACGUCAUUGAUCAGAUACAACAUGUCAAGCAGAAAACACUAAUAAUAUGGGGUGAAGAUGAUCAGAUUAUUGACUACAAGCUCGCAGUGAGAUUGCACUCUGAACUUCCAAAUGCGAUUCUACGCUGUAUACCAAAGUGUGGUCAUAUCCCUCACGUGGAGAAGCCCGAUGCUGUCUCCAGGUUAAUUGCGCAAUUUAUUCACUCUGAUCAAUCACAAAGGGCAAAGCUUGACUCAGUCUCCACCAUCUCUGUUCCUGUUUGAUUACUGGUACUUGUACAAGCAGUUAGCGCAUCCCACGUGGAGAUCUGGCUUCCAGAUUCUACUUAGUGAUGAGGUUUGUUUGCCAGUUUCAAUGGUGAACUAUGCUUUCAUUCUUUGAGCAACAUCAGCUAUUUUACCUAUAUGUUGAAGGUGCUUUGGUAUCCAGUACAGAAGUGAAAUAAACUGAAUACUUAAGCAGUGCAAUUAGCUGAAUUAGCAGAGCAUUCUGGUACAUAAUUCUUUCGGUUUCUCUUCAAUAUAGAACUCGAGUUAUGGUCUGUGAAUCAUAGCUUGUAGCAGUUGCAAGCCUUGACGGCAGAGUUACUCGAUACUUGUGCUGGUUGGAGGUAGGAGGUACCCCGUGAAAUGUUAUAAGAAAAACAGCUUGGAGCAGUACAGUUCUAUUGUGCAUAUCUGGAAUUAUAUCACUCUUAUGUAUAAAGAAUUCCUAUUACUUUCUAUUUUUGUUAUUACUUAUUUUGUAUAAUUUUGGCCUGAUGUGAA